GGGUUUCCCAAUUUACCUCCUUUCCCACCCAUCCUCCCUUCUCUCCCCCCUUCACUCCCACGACAUCCUUUCCCCCAAUCUCCCUCCUUUCCCUCCAAUCCUCCUCCUUUCCCUUCUUCACUCCCCAGCGACAUCCUCUCUCCACGGCUCCGUCUUUCUCCUGUCGCCGACUCGCAGCUCCUCCCGAUGACCGACUAGUUCGCAAAGUCCGUAGAGUACGGUCUUGGGCUCGCUAAGCGGAUUUACGACCGGACGGAUCGGAUGGUUUCGCCGCCGGCUGUGGCGGCGAUGGAGAAAUCGUCGUCGCUGAAGUCGAGGGAGAUGUAUCUUCCGGCGGCGCGGAUGGUGUACGUGGCGGUCUUGGAGCCGUCGAUUGUGGAUAAUCCAGAUAUUCCAAGCUACCAGCCGUAUGUGCACGGCCGGUGCGACCCGCCGGCGUUGAUUCCACUCCACAUGCAUGAGAUUGCGAUGGAAGUUGACUGCUAUAUGGAUACGGCUUUUGUUACACUUUAUGGAACUUGGCGAGUUCACUGCCUUACGGGAAGUAGAAGCUACGGUUGUCGCAUAGCCAUUCCGAUGGGAGAAGAGGGUUCAAUUCUAGGUGUCAAGGUUGAUGUUGGUGGAAGAUCAUAUUAUACCAAACUGAUCACCACGGAAGACAUAGAAGAUGUGGAUAAAGCAGCCAAAGCUGAAGAUGGAAGCUUUUUGAUACCCCAGAUUUAUACUUUGAAAGUUGCAAAGAGGUUAUCAUAUGAUGAUGGUCAGUUUUACCUCAGCAUGCCUUUUAGUUUUACAACAUAUGUGAUUCCUGCUGGGAAGAAAACCUCCAAAAGAGAAAAGAUAGAGUUUAGUGUGAAUUCUGGCAUCAGUGCAGAACUUUUGUGCAAAACUAGCAGCCAUCCUCUAAAGGAAAUAAGGCGUCAAUUUGGUAGAUUGAGAUUUUUAUAUGAAGCAGAAGUUCUCAAAUGGUCAGAUUUUGACUUCAAUUUUUCAUAUACUGUUUCUUCAAGUGACAUAUGUGGUGGAAUGCUCUUGCAGUCUCCAUCUUUGCAUGAUUAUGAUCAAAGAGAGAUGUUCUGCCUCUAUCUUUUCUGAGGAAAUCACUAGGGUAUGAAGGUCUAUAAGCUUAGUCUUUGAUCUAUAUCAUUAUUCUAUCUAUCUGUGAAAUUAUCCCCAUUUAUCUAUUUAUAUAAUAACUAGAUCCUGAUUUUUGGAAGGAUUUUUUGAUUUGUGAUUUUUUCUUAUGAGAAUGCAUUCCUGGUUGUAGUGUGUACACUAAUAUUGGAAAUGUUGUCCAUCCUAACAUUUUUGGGGGGUCAAGUGACCAUUCAGUCACUGUACAAAACUGGGAAUUUCUUAGAAAUUAAAGCUACCUGUCAACUAAGUAACUAACUAAAGUUAGAAUCGCAUCUAUUACACAUACAUGUUCAUGUAAUUUGCUUUAUGUUUCUCUUGGAAAUGCCCACUCUAGGCUUGUAGCACUAGGCUUUUUUUCUUUGAGAACAAUUUCGGGGCUUUUUUUUUGUAGAAUAUAUCAUACAACUUUUGAGAUCAUAAAAAAUGAAAAACUGGUACUUGCAUGGUUGUAUCUUCAAAUAUCACCUCUUGAUUUUAAGGAGGUUAAUUUUUUGGCAUAUUUUUUGACUUCAACAUAUAAAAAAUAUGGUGUACAAACCUUAUUAGCUAGUUAUUUUAUGAAUCGUUAUAACUUAGUUAGUUUACUUUUUUUUUAAUUUAAGUGGGAUUAAUUGGCUCUGCCUUUAUUUAAUUAAGAAGGAGAUUAAUAAAUAAAUUUUCAUAUAAAAUAAUUUUUUCAGCAGUUUCUCGAGAGAAGUUUUUCAUUCCCUGUUAUGGAUUCCAUUACUUUUUUUGGGAUUUUUAUGUUUACUUAUUGUGUUGAAUGAGGAGGAGGCAUUCCGUGAAUCGUCCGCCAAUGCCCGAUGCAUGGGAGGAUCAAGAAAAAGAACCCAUGCUUCAAGAAAUUAUUAACGUUAAUGGUUUACGACUAUUACGACAUUAACAUGAUGUCAUACAAUACAGUUGAGAGCAACUUUUGAUUUUUUUCUUAUUUUGUUUUUUUUUUUUUUGUUAUCUGAACAGAUGAAAUUUUUGUAUUUUAAUUUGAAUUUGUAUAAUGUGUUUGAAUUUGAAUUUGGAUAUUGAAUUUUUUGUAUUUUUUUUUAUUAUUUGAUCAGAUGAAAUUUUUGUAUUUUAAUUGAAUUUGUAUAAUAUAUUUGUAUAUAAAUUUGAA